GCCUGCUACCUCCUCCUCAGUGGGAGCGGCGCGUCUCCUACUCCAUUUUUUGUCAGACGGGUGGAGGAACGCACUCUCGGCAGGGGUUCUGUCAGUCCACACAGCGGAUACUUCAUACCGAGCAACAAAGACUUCGAGAGCAAUUAUUGCAGGCUGUUUUCCUUUGCUUUAAGUUGAGGAAGAGUCUAUCCAGUGUCUCGGUUUGCCUGAUAUGGUAGAUUAUCACGCCUCUAAUAAUCAAUCUUUAUAUUCAGCGGGCGAACAACAGAUAUACAUGGAGCAGGAAAACGACUGGGACCGGGACCUACUGCUGGACCCGGCCUGGGAGAAACAGCAGCGAAAGACUUUCACGGCCUGGUGCAACUCUCAUCUGCGGAAGGCGGGAACGCAGAUCGAAAACAUUGAGGAGGAUUUCAGAGAUGGACUCAAACUCAUGCUGCUCCUAGAGGUCAUCUCAGGGGAGAGGUUACCUAAACCUGAAAGAGGCAAGAUGAGAGUCCACAAGAUCAACAAUGUCAACAAAGCACUGGACUUCAUCGCCAGCAAAGGAGUCAAGCUGGUGUCCAUCGGUGCAGAAGAAAUCGUGGAUGGAAACGCCAAGAUGACUCUGGGAAUGAUUUGGACCAUCAUCCUCCGCUUCGCCAUCCAGGACAUCUCAGUGGAGGAAACCUCCGCUAAAGAAGGACUGUUGCUCUGGUGUCAGAGAAAGACGGCUCCUUACAAGAACGUCAACGUUCAGAACUUCCAUAUCAGCUGGAAGGAUGGUCUCGCCUUCAAUGCUCUGAUCCAUAGACACAGGCCAGAACUCAUCGAUUAUGACAAGCUGAGAAAGGACGACCCAGUGACCAAUCUGAAUAAUGCUUUCGAAGUGGCUGAACGGUACCUUGAUAUCCCCAAGAUGCUGGAUGCAGAGGACAUUGUGAACACAGCACGUCCAGAUGAGAAAGCCAUUAUGACCUAUGUGUCCAGUUUCUACCAUGCCUUUUCUGGAGCCCAGAAGGCUGAGACAGCAGCCAAUCGUAUCUGCAAGGUGUUGGCAGUUAAUCAGGAGAAUGAGCACCUGAUGGAGGACUAUGAAAAACUGGCCAGCGAUCUGCUGGAGUGGAUUCGUCGGACAAUCCCGUGGUUGGAAAACCGCGCUCCAGAGAAAACCAUGACAGAAAUGCAGCAGAAAUUGGAAGAUUUCCGCGAUUACCGUCGUGUUCACAAACCACCCAAAGUUCAGGAGAAGUGUCAGCUAGAGAUCAACUUCAACACACUGCAGACCAAACUCCGUUUGAGCAACCGACCAGCCUUUAUGCCAUCUGAGGGACGCAUGGUGUCGGAUAUUAAUGGUGCAUGGCAUAAACUGGAAGGGGCAGAGAAAGGCUAUGAAGAGUGGCUACUGAAUGAGAUCCGUCGUUUAGAGAGACUUGACCAUCUUGCAGAAAAGUUCCGUCAGAAAGCAGCCAUCCAUGAAAGCUGGACAGAUGGUAAGGAGACGAUGCUAAAACAGAAGGAUUAUGAGACUGCAACUCUGUCUGAGAUCAAAGCUCUCCUUAAGAAGCAUGAGGCGUUCGAAAGUGAUCUUGCUGCCCACCAGGACAGAGUGGAGCAGAUUGCCGCCAUUGCACAGGAGCUCAAUGAGCUGGACUAUUACGACUCCCCGAGUGUUAAUGCACGCUGUCAAAAGAUCUGUGAGCAAUGGGAUGCUCUGGGUUCCCUCACGCAGAAUCGGAGAGAAUCUCUCGAGAGAACGGAGAAACAGCUGGAGUCUAUUGAUGAGCUGUACCUGGAAUACGCCAAGAGAGCAGCACCGUUCAACAACUGGAUGGAGGGAGCCAUGGAGGACCUUCAGGACAUGUUCAUUGUACACAACAUCGAGGAGAUCCAGGGACUGCUAACGGCUCAUGACCAGUUCAAAUCAACUCUUCCAGAGGCAAACAAAGAGCGGGAGUCUAUUCAGGCCAUCCAGGCUGAAGUUCAGAAAAUCGCACAGUACAAUGGCAUCAAACUGGCUGGAAACAAUCCUUACACCACCAUCACCCCUCAGAGCAUUGACAAGAAGUGGGAGAAGGUGCAGCAACUGGUUCCACAGCGUGAUCAGGCUCUUCAGGAAGAACUCGCUCGUCAGCAGUCUAAUGACCAUCUCAGACGCCAGUUUGCCAACCAGGCCAACAUGAUUGGACCAUGGAUCCAAAAUAAGAUGGAGGAGAUUGGGCGGAUAUCAAUUGAGAUGAAUGGAACGCUGGAAGAUCAGCUGACCCACCUCCGUCAGUAUGAGCAGAGCAUCAUUGAAUACAAACCCAACAUUGACCAGCUGGAGGGAGACCAUCAGCUCAUUCAAGAAGCACUUAUAUUUGACAACAAAUACACUGCUUACACUAUGGAGCACCUUCGUGUGGGUUGGGAGCAACUCCUUACUACUAUUGCCCGCACCAUUAAUGAGAUCGAGAACCAGAUUCUGACACGUGAUGCCAAAGGCAUCAGCCAGGAGCAGCUUCACGAGUACCGCACGUCCUUCAAUCACUUCGACAAGAAGCGCACGGGGAUAAUGGACAGCGAUGAUUUCCGAGCACUACUCAUUUCCACUGGAACACCCUGGUACUGCUACCUCCUUUCUCAGUCUACGCAACACAGUUUCUCCUGA